UGCCCGACCCAUGAGAGUAGAGUGAGCAUAGUGUUAUUAUUGGUAUUCUCGCAACCCAGAAAAAUCACAAUUCUCCCAUAUUUUCUUACCAUCCAAACACCUUCUCCUUUCCUCUAUCUCCCUCUCUUUAGGGUUUAUUUGCAUCCCUCAAAAUCCCACACUUUCUGGCACUUUCCUGGAAACUCUCGUACUUUCAUAUCCCCAUCACGAGACGAUAGAAAGGUAUGCCUCUUCAUUGGGACCCCCCAACUCUGUUUCUUUAGAGCUUCGGAGGAUUUCGAUUAUAGGCGGUUCGAAGAUCUCUGUGAUGAACAACGAUUUCGAAUUGGACGGAAAAUCAGGUGCCACUGUAGAGGUUGAGGAAGCUAGAGCUAGGGUUUCCGAAGGCGGUGCCGGUAGCUCAAAAGAUGAAGCUAGGGUUUCAACAAUGGAGUUCGAUUCAGGAGCUCCGGAGAGCGAGGCUGGUGAUUCCCGGGUUUCCAGAGGCGGAAGAUCUGAGGAGGAUAGGGCUAGGGUUAGGGUUAGUCCGGAGAGUGACGUUCGGAAUGUAGAUAAAGUGAUGGAAUCAAAGGGCUCUGGAAUUCAGGUGGAAAAAGCGAGUGUCUUUGUAUUCCAUGAUGAUCAGGACGACGUAUUUGAUAUUGGAAGGAUCGAAAUCGACGAGGAUUAUGAAAAAUUUGAGAAUGAAAAUGAUGAAGAUGACCGUGCAGAUGUGGAGAAGGGUAAGUCUUAUGAGCACCGGUCUUUGUUAUCUGAGUUUGAUGAGUUUGUGGCUAAUGAGAAGAGUGGAGUAGCUCUUGGAACGUCGAGGGCACUUAGCUAUGGGUUCGAAGUGGGUGAUUUGGUGUGGGGAAAGGUAAAAUCGCAUCCGUGGUGGCCGGGACACAUAUUUAACGAGGCAUUUGCAUCGUCUCAGGUGCGCCGGACACGAAGGGAAGGUCAUGUGUUGGUGGCUUUCUUUGGUGAUAGUAGCUAUGGGUGGUUCGACCCAGCUGAGCUUAUCCCAUUUGAUCCCCAUUUUGCUGAAAAAUCUCUGCAGACGAAUCACAGGACCUUUGUGAAGGCUGUGGAAGAGGCUGUUGAUGAGGCGAAUCGUAGAUGUGGAGUUGGUUUGGCUUGUAAAUGUAGGAACCCCUAUAAUUUCCGGGCCACAAGUGUGCAAGGGUACUUUGUUGUUGAUGUGCCGGAUUAUGAGCCGGGAGCAGUUUAUUCUGAGAAUCAGAUUAAGAAGGUGAGGGAUAGUUUUAAGCCGAGUGAGAUCUUGUCUUUCUUAAAGCAGUUGGCCGUGUUACCACACGGUGAUGAUCAGAAGAGCCUUAACUUUAAUAAGAAUAAGGCUACUGCAUUUGCGUUUCGUAAGGCUGUGUUUGAAGAGUAUGAUGAGACCUAUGUUGCCCCGGUGGACCCACCUCGAGCUCCCUUGAGUGGUCCAUUGGUGAUUGCUGAAGUUCUGGGUGGGCGGAAGAAUGCCACGAAACCCAUGAAAGUCAAGGAUCAUUCAAAGAAAGACAAAUACGUUUUCAAACGGAGAGAUGAACCCAGUAACUUGAAAACCCAUCUAACUAGCCAGGGCCAAGCUAGUUCCUCGGCCCCAUCUGCUGGCUUGGAGGGAUCAAUACCAUUAGUAGAUGGGGAUUAUACGGUACAGAAGAGGGCUCCAGCUGUCUCUACAAAGACUCGGGUUACAGCAAAACAUGAACAGACUGAUUUUAUAAGCAGCAGUUCUACAGUUUCAAGUACGGAUGUAUAUGGGAAAGAAGCUGUAAUCAUAGAUCAGGCGACAGCAAACAGCUCUCUCACCACCCAAGAUGUUACUAAUGAUGCAAAGCCAUCUCUUGACAAGGAAAGAGGGGCUCUGCAGGAAGUAAAAGAGGGAGGUACAAGCACAGAAUGUCUUGAUUUAUUUGGGGAAGAGACCAAGCAACGUACAAAAGAUGGUACAUCACAACCUUUAAAGCAGGAAGGUGAGGGUUUGGUUGAGUUUAAAUGUGAAGAGAGUGCAAAAUUGUCUGGAUCACAUGAAAAUUUUCAACAACCUUCAAGUUCUUUGAAGAAAGUGGAAGGAGGUUAUGAAUUGAAUCAAGUUCGCGAUGGUCGUGGUGUUGGAGAUCCUUCCUCAGUUGAGGCAAAGAGUUCAGGUGGGAUGAAGGCUAUCGGUGGAGUGAAAAAAGCAAAGGUUCUUAAACGGCGUGCAGAGGACUUGCGCACUGAGGACUCUAUGAUGGGGGAUAACAGGAAAAAGAAAAAGAAGAAACAUUUAGGUUCUGAAGCAAGCUUCAGAAACCCACAGAAGCCUUUGACUUCUGGAAAGGUACAUUCCUCGGGAAGUAAAGUUGCAGGAAAUUCCAAGGAUGUAGGUUUGGCUCCAAGAGAUGACGUCCAUGUAGAACAUCAUAAGAAAGAUGUUGUUGCCAGUAAUAACUCGUCUGAAGCUGUUGGAAAAUUUCCAAUUGUUGGCUUGGGAGAUGUGGAGCUUGAACUACCACAACUGGUAAGUGAUUUGCAAGCCCUUGCCCUUGAUCCUUUUCAUGGUUUUGAAACAAACAGCCCUGCAAUUGUUCGGCAGUUCUUUCUGCACUUCCGGUCCCUUGUCUACCAGAAAAGCUUGGUUCUGUCACCACCCUCCGAGACUGAACCUGUUGAAGUUCGCUCCUCUAAAUCUCCAUCUGGUGUCAAAGCCUCUGACAUAUCGCCUACUGAGCAUGUCAGAGAUUUGCCAUUCUCAAAGGCAGCAAAACCCAUGUUCAGAUCCGACGACCCUACCAUAGCUGGGCGGAAGCGUGCCCCAUCUGACCGUCAAGGAGAUAUCGCAGCUAAGAGGUCCAAGAAAAUUAGUGAUCUGAAAACGUUGGCUGCAGAGAAGAAGGCCAGUCAGAGAGCUUUAGAAUCCAAGCGUGUGGAGGCCAAAGAAUCAGCGGUACCGCUUCUGCGAAGGUCAAUCAAGCCAGGUUUUGCGAAGAAAACAGAGCCUGCAUCAAAGGCAGUUGAGCCCACAAUGCUGGUGAUGAAGUUCCCUCCCAAAAUAUCUCUCCCAUCACCUGCAGAACUGAAGGCAAAGUUUGCACGAUUUGGGCCUAUGGAUCAGUCCGGUCUCCGUGUCUUUUGGAAGUCCGCAACAUGCCGGGUUGUCUUUCUGCACAAAUCUGAUGCACAAGCAGCAUUGAAGUUUGCUACCGCAAACAGCUCACUUUUUGGCAACUUUAGUGUGAGGUGCCAAAUUCGAGAAGUGGGUGGUCCUGAAGUUCCAGAUACCGGCAAGGGCGACAAUCCCUGUGAGAUCCCGCGGGUUAAGGACUCAUCAGCGGGGCAGUCACCGGCAAUGGCAUCGGCACUCAGACAGCAGCAGCAGGCUCUUCUUCCACAGAGUGCAGUCCAGCUGAAGUCGAUUCUGAAGAAGUCGUCGGGCGAGGAGCCGGGAGGGCAGGUAACUACCGGUGGCAAUGGAAAUAGUAAAGGAACUGCACGUGUAAAAUUCAUGUUAGGUGGGGAAGAAAGUAGUAGAAGUACUGAUCAAUUCAUGAUGGCUGGUAAUAGAAAUAACUUCAACAACAACAACAGUGCUAGUUUUGCUGAUGGUGGUGCUGCUGCACAUUCUUCGUCUACUACUUCUAUUGCUAUGGAUUUUAAUACUAGGAACUUUCAAAAGGUCAAUGCUCCUCCAACUUUUUCAUCAUCGCCUCCUAUACUUCCUCUUCCCCUUGCUCCUCCUCAAUAUGCAAAGCCCCCGCAUAAUAAAUUUCCACCUCACCAUUCUGAAAUGGCACCACCCAGAAAUAGUCAACAUCUAAACACACCCGCUGCAUUUCCAAGUGCACCCAGCGUCGAUAUUUCACACCAGAUGCUAAGCCUGUUGACUAGGUGCAACGAUGUCGUAGCCAACGUCAAGGGCUUGCUUGGCUAUGUGCCGUACCAUCCUCUUUGAUGGUGAAACAUGGGCAAAAUUAUAUGCCAUAAAGCAAGCCAAGCCAAGGCAAAGACGGACAAGACAAGUACAUGGAAUCCACCACAUGAAUUGAAAUGCGGCAUUUUGGGCUUACAAGAGAGAGAGAGAGAGAGAGCUUCUCAAAUGUAGUAGUUUGUUUACAAGUUGGGUACUCCGAUUGUACUGAGAUGAUGAUAUUGAUGAUAGUGCCAUCUUUUUCUUUUUCUCUUUUUGGGUUGAA